AUGGCACGAACCAAGCAAACCGCCCGCAAGUCCACUGGAGGAAAUGCUCCCCGCAAGCAGCUGGCCACCAAGGCUGCCCGCAAGAGUGCCCCUCAGCAAGGAGGCGUCAAGAAGCCCCGCCGUUACCGCCCUGGAACUGUUGCCCUCCGUGAGAUCCGUCGCUACCAGAAGAGUACUGACUUGUUGAUCCGCAAGCUUCCCUUCAAACGUCUUGUUCGUGAGAUUGAACAAGAACUCUUGUCUGAUCUUCGAUUCCAAGGAUCAUCGGUUCUGGCUCUUCAGGAGUCUGCCGAAGCCUACCUUGUUGGAUUGUUUGAGGAUACCAAUCUUUGCGCCAUCCAUGGCAAGCGUGUCACCAUCAUGCCCAAGGACAUCAAGCUUGCUCACCGCAUCCGGGGUGAACGGUCCUAA